GUUGACGUCCCCUGGACAGACAGGAGCACGUUUGGAAUGAGGAGCGGUUGGUGACGUAUCGUUAGUGGGAGCUGGCGUUCCAGUCUGAGCCAAGCUGCGACCGGACUGGACGUGAAGUGAAAGUAGCCAUGGCUGAUACGAGGACAAUGUCUGGUGGUGAUACUGUUGAUGCACAAUCCAGUACAGUCUAUGAAGGAAGCCAAAAACAACUGGCUGAUGAUACUCUGGCAGUGGAUGCGGUACCUGACCAGUAUAUAAAAUAUAACAUGAACUACAAGCAAAUUGGCAUGUGUCUUAUCUUCAACAAUAAGAAUUUCCAUCCAGUGACAGGCAUGAAUAAACGUAAUGGUACGGAUGAAGAUGCGGCUAAACUGAACAAGACAUUCAAAAAUCUGGGCUAUGAUAUUAUGGUUUAUAAUGAUAAAACAUGCAAUGAAAUGUUUGAAAUAUUGCACAGAGCUGCCGAGAGAGAUCACAGCCAAAUGGCUUCAUUUGUUUGUAUUUUCCUUAGUCAUGGAGAUGAAGGGUUACUGUAUGGAACAGAUGGUGCUGAAGAAAUUAAAAAAUUCACCAGUAUCUUUCGAGGAGAUCGAUGCAGAUCUUUGGUUGGCAAACCAAAGCUGUUCUUUAUACAGGCUUGUCGAGGAAAUGAAUUUGAUGGAGGUGUUGAGACUGACAGUGUUGUAGAUGAAAAAAGUACUUCCCUGAAAAAAAUACCUAUAGAGGCUGACUUCCUGUAUGCUUAUUCUACAGCACCUGGCUAUUACUCUUGGCGAAAUACAGGCAAUGGUUCAUGGUUUAUUCAGUCGUUAUGCCAUGUACUUGAUAGGCAAGGCAAGGAACUGGAGAUCAUGCAGAUACUCACUAGAGUCAACCAUAAAGUGGCACUCGAAUUUGAGUCCAGCACAAGUACAGAGGCUUGCAAUGAGAAAAAGCAAAUCCCUUGCAUUAUUUCAAUGCUAACAAAAGAGCUUUACUUUAGUUGUUAAGACUCCUUUGGAAAUGUGAAACUAAACAAUUUCUUCAAUUUAUUCCAGAACUAACUGCAACCUACAGCUUCCAAUACCUUACUUGCCUGAAGAGCAAUAAGUACUUUAAUCAACAUAAUCAUAGAAUUUUUGCUGGUUAUUUUGACGGCAUGAAUACAUUUCUAAAGUCUGUUCAGUUGAAUUGUUGAAUACAAUAUCUUCACAAUGUUAAAUUUUGAAAAGUGAGUUGGUUUUGAAUUUCACUGUUAAAAGCAAUUUAGCAAGUUUUAAUGACUGAGCUUCUUUCGAUAAAUAAAACAUCAAAGAACUGGUGAUGUGGAGAAAUUCAGCAACUUAGUGGACAUUCUUCCCACAAACGCUGCCACACCUACAGAGUUUCUCCAGCAAUUUGUUUUUAUUUUGUUUGACAUAAUCGUGUUUGAGGAUCUUGCAUUGUUUUGUGUGUAUGAAAAUCUGUGUUCAAAUAUAAUUAAUUUUUUGAUAAUUACAAAGUAAUCCAGUGAGUGAUUAAAUGUAGAUGCUGAAAAACAAUUAGCUUUAUUGUCUUUCAAAUGUGUUAACAUGUCUCACCAGCAUAUUAAAAUGUCCAAUGCUGUACGUUAAUUUAGUCAUGUCAGCAGUAGCUUGGCUGUAUAAACCUGAGUACCUAAAACAGGAUGAUAUUUUGGUGUGCUACUGAAAGGCUGCUGCAUUAUCAGGUUCAGAUGCAAUUUUAAAGAGGCCAGAUCUAGUUCCAUGGUUGUAUUGCCAUUUUUGAACUUGAGUUUUAAUCAAAUGACUCUGGAGAGUGUAAUUAGACAUUUCACAUAAUGGGUAAGACUGAAUUCUUAAUUAGGAAACAGAUUUUUAGGGUUAUAUUUUAAAUAUUUUCCUUUGUCACUAUCUUAAUUCUCCCUGUAUUCUUAAGAGACAAGCAUAACUUUAAACUCUGAUUACAAAGGAUUCUUGACUUCUGUGAGGGUUUUUUUUGUUGUGGUUGUAAGUUGAUCUGUGCAUUUUUUUUCUUCUGUAUUUUCUGGAGAGGAUGGGUGAGCUUGACCACUGCUGCCUUAUCAAUAAUUAUGAACUUGCAUCUUGAAUACAAACUCCUUGAGUUGGGAUGUCAAAUUUGUACAGGGCUACAUUGUUCUACUAAAAAAAAUGCAUACUUUGAUUUUUGCUAUGUUGGAAAUAUCGAGAGCCUAAUUCCGUAUAAUUUUCAGCUGAUGAUAAUGGAAAUUUUAAUUUUUAAUGUUAAAACCUCAAUACCAGGACUCUUAUUUGAUAUCUAAACGUUUCUGAAAUUUAUAUGGAUGCUGAAUAUUACUAAGAAUGGUGUCCUUUUCUUGUUCAGGUACAUUACAUGACUGAAAUAAACAAAUUGAUACUAUACUGUUAUACUCAGAAGAAAAUGCAAUAACACCUGAAAUUUUUGUUUGUAUUAGGCUGUUUACUGUAUUAUGAAUCUUGUCAUUUAAAUUAUAAUCCACUUAACUACUGUGCUUUUCCAGACAAUGCUUAGUACAGGGUGUCAUUUAAUAUGCAGCAACCUGCAUUUCUAUAUCUUUUUAAUGCAGGAAAAUGUCUCCAUUUAGUUGCUUUACAUUUAAAUCAACUAUUUAUCAGAUAUGCAUUUUAAUAGCAAAGUUAUGCAAAGUUUUUUUUUAUUUGUUAGUGAGUGGAAUUUUCCAGAUUUUUGUCGUCUUUGGGAAAAAUGCUGAGUCCUUUAAGUGGCUGGCUGGCCAAUUUAGCUAUGGAAAGUAUUCUGGGCUAUAAUUUGUAUGGCACUGUGCCACAACUCUUCCACUGUUACUUCAAUGACUGCAUUGGUGUAGUGUCCUGCGCAUAAACUGGGGCUGAACUGGGACAGUUCAUCGACUUCGCCCACAACUUCCACCCUAUCCUCAAAUCCACUUGGCUUGUCUGGGACACCUUCCUCCCCUUUCUUGACCUGUUUGAUUCCAUCUCUGGCAACAGUCUCCAGACGGGCAUUUACUAUAAGCACGGACCCUCUCAACUACCUGGACUACACCUCCGCCCACCCAGUGUUCUGCAUGAACUCCAUCCUAUUCUCUUAAUUCUUUCACCUCUGGAAUGUCUCCUUGUCCGAGCAAUGUGACAAUCUCAAGCAUCCCAGAUAUCUACCUAUUUUGAAUGAUCCUCUUUCCCCUUCUCUAUCAUCCAGACAGCCCUCCAUCGCAUCAUCUCUAUACCCAUUCCACUGCUCUAAAUUCUCUACCCCCUCCCAUGCAAUAAAGACAGCAACUCCUUGUCCUCACCUACCACCCCACCAGUCUUCACAAACAAUGAAUCAUCCUCAAAAACCUCUGCCAACUCUGAGACCCCACCACCAAGGACAUCUUCCCCUCUCCCUCCCCCUCCCCCCCUGCAAUGUCUGUUCCCUUUGCCAAUCCUUGGUUUGCGGCACUCUACCCACUAAUCCCCAAACCCCCAGGUAACUUCCCUGCAACCAGAAAAGAUGCAAACCUGCUAGCUUUAUACCCCCCCUCCGCUCCUAUCCAACCUCCAUCCAGGGCCCCAAACAGUCCCAGGUGAGAUAGAGGUUCACCUGCCUCUC